CCGGCGGCGGGGCCAUGAAGGUGAAGAAGAGCGGCGGGGCCGGGGCGGCGGCGGCGGCGCGCACCGAGGAGGAGCUGGGCCGCAAAGCGCUCAUCGGGCCUGACGACGUGCUUGGGCUGCAGCGGGUCACCAGCGAUUAUUUGUGCACUCCAGAGGAAAAUGUUUACAAGAUAGACUUCACCAGGUUCAAAAUCCGGGACAUGGAAUCUGGCACAGUCUUGUUUGAAAUCACCAAACCAGCAGCUUCAGAACGUGACCACAAUGACAAGAAGGACAUUGACCCCAACGCCGGGCGGUUCGUACGCUAUCAGUUCACUCCAGCUUUCCUUAGACUUCGGCAAGUGGGAGCCACGGUGGAAUUUACAGUAGGGGACAAACCCAUUAAUAACUUCCGCAUGAUUGAGAGGCACUACUUCCGGGAUCAAUUGCUUAAGAGUUUUGAUUUUGAAUUUGGGUUCUGCAUCCCCAGCAGUAAAAACACUUGUGAGCACAUCUAUGAAUUCCCCCAGCUCUCUGAGGAUCUCAUUCGAGAGAUGAUCCUUCAUCCGUAUGAGACACAGUCGGACAGUUUCUACUUUGUAGACAACAAGCUCGUGAUGCACAACAAGGCAGAUUAUUCAUACAGUGGAGGACCUUGAGCACAGGAUGGAGAGCCAACCUGAGCUGGCCUUCCCUUUCCUAUCAAAGUUGUCAGGGAUACCAAUACCUUCAGUUCUGUUGCCUACAAUGUCAACUGGACAAGGAUCCACAAACCAAGGACUUUUGCUACAGUAGGAGUUUCAUGACUAAAUUGGUCAGUGUCGUCUCCCUUGAGCUUUGAAGCAGACCCAAUUCUUCAGAACUUGUAAGCGGUUCUACAAUGCUAAAUGGUCUCUGGAUAUCACUUCAGUUAAGUGUCUGCUUUGAAAAUGGCCUGUGGGACCUGAGGGAUUUUGCCCUAAUUCUGUGGAUUUGUGUUCUUGCCCUCAAGUAUCUUUUAGGAGGUAAAUGCUUUCUCAGAGAAUGUAAUCUGGGAAACCACUGGAGUGGAUGGAUGCAAAUGUUUUGUUUUGUUUAUUUGUUUUUCUCUGUGACUGCUUCAAAGGCAUGGCCAAUUUAACUCAUACAUCCAGUUGAAAAUGUCGAGUGUAACAUCUGACAAAAGCAAGUAUCAUCUUUAGUCCUCUAAGUAUUUCAUCCUCCAGUUUUGUUGCAUCUGUGUAAUAUUCUGCUUAAGCUUGGAAACACUGAGACUCACACUGAAGAGCAGUAGUUCAAUGACAGGGCUGUUUUUAAUCGUGUCCUGUCCCUUUACAUUUCAGAUGAAGGCAAAAUAGCAUUGGGGGUCCAUAAGACUCCUUAAGCAUUUUACAGUUGUUUUAGUUUUUCCAAACUGAUUGCACAAUAAUCAGGAUGAAAUGAAGGAUUUUAGCUUUAUUUAACAUUAUUUGACUUAGCUAACAUUCAGCCUACUCAUGCUAUGCAUUUUCCAAGUCUAUUUUGUUUCAUCUCUGCUCAAUGCUAAGAUAAGUGCUCCAGUACUGCUUGUUAGAGCACGGCUUUCAUUUGUCUAGGGCAGCUGGAGAGGGUGGAAUUUCCAGUUUUCCAUUUGUAUCUGAAAUUGAGGAAUGUUAUACCCGUGUUUUCCCUUUGUUAAAAAUGUUUCGCAGUGGACAUUAGGUGCAACAGUAAGUCUAGUAAUGUAGAACUUCAAGGCACAGCAAAAAUCUAGCAAAAGUUCCCUUUUCAGAGUCUCUAAGAGGUUUAAGACCAAUUUUGCCCAAAUUUCUCAGUCUGUGCUUCUUAGAAAGACAGAAGUGCAGAAAAGUAGCAACAUCAAAAAAGUAAGGUAGCGUACAUGAAACCAAACCUGAGGAGGCUGUGUGGGGUAGCCUGUCGUCAUGAAACCUUUACUGUAAAGGUCAGUUCACUCAUACUUAAAAAUACAAGACAGUUGCAGUUUGUAGAUAUUUCUAUAAAUACUUGAUGUCUCCAUGUCUAAUUCUGUGAGUUUAAGUGGAACAUUAUCUGUUAGUCUCGGAUAGGUGUGAUUGUAAUAAUUUUUAUACAAUACCAUUUCCAGUCGUGAUUAACGUCUUUUUAGUCACAGCCUGAGUUGAACAGAACUUCAGAUGGUUCCAAAAGUAGCCACUGGCCUAAGAGCAGGGAGAGGUUUGUGCUUAUUGGAGUUGUGAUCUCUGUUAUAUGUGUAACCAUUUGUAUUUCGCUCGGCUUUCUUGAGUGCUGAAAGAUAGUUCUGUUUUCUGAAGAAAAUACAGUGAGUUCAGGUUACAGCACAGAGUUUUUUUACUAAGAUUGAUAGCUAAGGAAGUCCAUGAAGUUCACACAAAUAGUGUCUUGUGGGAAUUAUUGUCACAAGAUUUGUAUUUGUUAUUGUUUUUGGUCUCUAGUGUAUUAAACCAUAAAAUUAGUGUGUGGAUGACUUAUCUGUUUGAGAGUCACAAAGAACGUCCUCAUUAUUUGUACAAUGCUUUGAGCUACUGGUCACUAAGUUUUAUUGCACAAUGGUUAUGAAAGCUGAAAAUAGUUUCCAAAAGUUUAGGUGUGCCCCCUCCACUGUUGGUUUUGGGUUUUUUUUCCCUGUUGCUUUUGGAAUGAGUUGGGUUUUUUUUUUUGCAUCAGGGCUAUUAAGCUAUCUAGAUUUUAAAUGACAUUUUGCAAAUUUAAGUAUUCAUGAAUUUUGGCCCAAAUCUAGAAGGAGAAAAUACACCAAUAUGGAGACAGAAGAGCAUUUGUUUUCUUUUUAACCAGCACCUUAGGGUUUUUUGGAGUAUCUUCCAACUCACACAUGCUCUUCAUUGUAAUCACUUCAGUGUGUAGGAUUUUAAAAAGACUUCUAGCAAUGGUGUGUGACCAGAAUAGCCAGUCAUACAUUUCAAACAGAAAUACACAUCUCAUUGUGUUUUGGUGUGAGCAGGUGUUGUACUUUGGUGCAGACUGUUGAGUCAUGGUAGUGAGUAUCUUGUCUGUGUAGCAUAUUGUUGUCAGCUGCUCUGCAAUAUGUUCUGGGGGUUUUUUAUGCUACUUCCUUUUAAGACUUUAGGCUUCAAAACCAGAAGGAAUUCCGUAAAAACAUUACUGUAAUAAAUGAAAACUUGAGUGGUAGACAUGCCCCUUUGAAAAAGAAAUGGGAGACAGUUACGUUAUCUCCUGAAUUGUGCUAACUGUUCUGGCAAUUCACAUUCUGUGGGUGAUCAUUUCAGGCUAACAGAAAAUUUAGUGUGAAUUAACCAGGAGAUAUUUUAUUGAGAGAAUUUCUUGUCUGCUAUUAUUAGGAAUACUUAAAACCAGAAAGAAGUAUUUACAAGAAAUGAAUUUCAAUAUAUUUUAGCUUUGCAGUUUGAGGAAUUUUACCAAAAAAAAUCACAGAAUCUUAAGGGUUGGAAGGGACCUCGAAAGCUCAUCCAGUCCUACCCCCCUGCCAGAGCAGGGCCAUGAGUAGGUCACAUAGGAACUUGUCCAGGUGGGUUUUGAAUGUCUCCAGAGAAGGAGCCUCCACACCCCAUUUGCUACAAAUAACAAAUUCUGAAUGUUAAACCAAGGCAAAUAACAAAACUUUCUGUGAGAAGUAUAAUGAAGGUUGGGUUUGUUCUUUUUUUUCCCCUGUAUUCCACUGCAACAGUUAUCACUGUUAUCUCUCCCUUUCCCUUGGAAACAGAUUAUUUCCAUUUCUUCAAGGUCAUCUAAUCUCCAAUGUUUACAAACAUCAAGGUCCAAGGGAGAGAUUCCAUUCCUUCUCUACCUGUUUAUGCAGUGUGAUGUGUAGCCUUGGCAUGUGAUAUUAUGUUUUUGGACAUAAACAGCACUAGAAGAGUGUUUCUUCAAAAACUUUUUCAGUAUGGUUGCUGUUUUCAUCCCAAUUCUGUCCUUACUUUGCAUUAAAAACAUGUGCAAAAUUUAAUGUUGAAGACCACGCUUUGUACAACGCUGAACAACUUCAACUCUCAUCUGAAAGGGAGCUGAGAGCUCUCAGGUCAUUUGUAAAAUGAAACCUGUGGGUUUUUUCCCCAUAAAUUGGCAUCUGAUUCUUAUUAUAAACCAACUGAAAGUCAAAUCUUAACAGCAUUGUUCAGGAAACAUUUGUUAGUCUCCCUGAUUAGUUAUAAUUUUGUAUUUUAGACAAUAUUUGGUUUACUUUGGAAAUUCAUCUACAAAAUGACCAAAUACUGUCUUUGGAAAAAUAUUUCUUGUCCUUUUUUCUUUGGUCUUAUUAAAAAAAAAGCAAAUUAAUUAACAAUACAGCUCUCUUUUAAGAAGCCAGGUUGGCAAUUUGGGAUCUGACUUUCUGAAAGUGAAAGAAAACCUCUGUGAGCUAACCAAGAUUAGCUGCUAGUAAUGAAAUAGCUGUUUCCUGGCAUAAAGCAGGAUUAUACGUGUGCUUUACAGAGUAGAUUAAUCCUGGAAAAAGAAACUAAGUAUCUGUGACUGCUAAUAAGUGACAUAAUUUUUCUGAGAGACAAGGAAAGUAUGACUGAACACAUUCUUUCACUUCCUCAUCUUGGAUUCCUUUAAACUUCAGGGUUUUUUAAAGAAAAGCAACAGCAAUGCGUUAGUUGUUACUCGCCCUGCUGCACGGUCUCAUCAUUCACAGACUGGCAGAAAGAGAACCAUUUAUUUUUUAAAUUCACACAUCAAGCACAAGUAUGGUUUAAAUCCUAAAAACUUUGUUCUCAGAUCAGUAACAAAAGCCAAAAUUGUCUCUGUGUAUGUAUCCUUUAUGUGGUGACAUUUAUGACAGAAGUGGAUAAUCCACUCUCCCCCACUCAGAAGAAUCUUUUUCAAUAUAAGAAAUCUCUUCAGGCUUGAAAGCAAUGUGUUGGGGUUUAGUUCUUGCUCAUAAUGUCUCUCUCUCUCUGUCUUGUUUUUGAGCAGGUCAGUAAGAUAACACUGUUUGCCACCUUUCUCCUUGAGUUUUACUUCAGAAACUAGUGUCAAAGUAGUGGCUGGCCAUGUGUGAAACAUUGUGGGCUACCAAGUUCCAAAUUCCUUCAUUUUAAGCCAACAGACUAUUAAAGUAUACCGAGAAACAGUGCUACAUGUUCACCCAUAAAUGCUAAAUUCCAAUCUUCAUGGCAAAAAUCAGGGGGAACUCGUAUUCAUGCAAAGAUUAUUUGAGGGCUAUUUAAGGUAAGAAAAUGUUAAUAUCCAGCUCUUGUGCUUAAUAAGCAUUAUAAAAAUGAAUUAUAACCUGAAAAAAAAAUAUGGUUAACAAUUAUAGUUAGAUCUGGUUAGGAAUGAAACUAUAGAGAUUAUGCCUAUCCCUUGUGGGGAGAGCAGGGGAGAGUAACUAGAGCUGCACGUAUGGCACAAAAGCUGUAUGGGUUUACACACAUUUGCUAGUGGUAAGAGUUACCUGUGGGAGAAAGUGAAAGAGGGAGGCAAGGACAGGAAAAAAUUUCAGCUAAUUGUAACCAAGAGCCUGAAGACCAUGGAAAGUGUAAAUGCUUUUUCUCUUGCAUUUGAGACAGCUGGUAGCUUCUGUUAGCAGUUCUGUAUGCCCAGCACAAGCACUACCUACGUUUAUUCAAUUGCCUCACUAUUAAUCAGAUAUUAAAUAUCAUUGUUGGUUCACACUAUAUUCUAAACAUGACAAUAUAUUUGAAGUGUGUGAUGCUCUAGGCCUCAAGGUGCAGCUCAGUUGUUUCCUAAAUCAGGAGCCAGUAUGACUAAGUGGGUGGAAUGGUGUGUGUGUGUGUGUGUGUGUGUGUGUCCACGAGCUGUAGCUAACUGCCUCCCUAGGAUCGCUGUGUUGAUACUGACUGUGAUGUCUGCUUGUAUCUUCAUGCUACACUGGGAAAAACCUGUUUGAAUGUGACAUUGACUCUUUUUGCAUAGAAUCAGAAUUGUCUGUAUUAAAAUGUAUUUAUAAAAAAAUCUAUUUUUUGUGGAAGGAAAGUAGGAUUCUAGUUAAUAUACCACCAGGAAAAUGUUAGAAGCAUUUUUACCAAGUUCAUUUAUAAUUCUUUGUAUCUUGUUAGUUACCGGGUUUGUUUCCUAGGAGAACAUCCACUGUGGCCCAUUUAGCUGCGAUGCAAUGCACUGUCAUGCAGAGAAUCUGGUUUUCAGAAAACUGGGAGUCUUUUGUUUCCUUUUGGGACAGUAGGAAACUGAGUAGGUGGCCAGGAGAAAAAGGAACCUUGGCACCGAAUCCACUGCUGUGGCUUUGGCUUCAGUAGCUAGUCUGUUUGACUCGUUUGCAGAUAGAUAAGUAAUGACAGCAAAGAUGGAGACUUCGGGAUAAAGAAAAUUAGAUGCUACAAUUUAGUCUUCCUGUAGGAGAAGGAGAGUACUAAAAUGAAUUUAUACAAGGGUUAAAUAGGGAGUACACUUGCUUAACAUUAUGUAAUAUUGGCAGCAUAGUCAUAAAUGUGCAUUCUAGGGACGAUGUUUAACUUUUUUCCAUUACCUUGGAAAAUGGCUAAAACCCAUUGUCACUGUCAUUAGCAAGUGUUUCUUCUCCUGUAACAAACUGCAAAAU